GACGCAUGCGCACGAAAACUCUCACGUGGGAGAAAACCCAGUUUCGACAGCGAGUAAGGUUACCGCGGUAAAGUAGUUAUCAUCGUAUAGAAAAGUGGCUGUAAUUUAAUGUCCUCUGGUGUACAUUUACGAAAUUAUUCAAAAAGUGUACUGAUAAUGUCUGAUGUUAUUACGCAGUGGAAAUUCCACACAAUAGGGACCGUGCGUCAUCCCUACGUGCGUCUAGACUUUUACGCCAACUAGUGGCAAGUAUCCGAAGCAGUUGACAUCAUGUAUUUAACGUAAACAUACGUGAUUUACUUUAAAAUAAUUAUAAAUAAAAUAUACUUAAUUUUUUUUUAAUAAUGCCAACUUGGAGACAAAAUUGUUGUGUUCUUGGAUGUAAUAAUACAUCACGUCGAGAACGUGGAUUCGGUGUGGAAGUGAAAUUUUAUAAAUUUCCAGAGAGCGUGUUAGGAGCCUCAUGGAAAAUAGUAAAACGUAAACAGUGGAUAAAUGCAGUGAAAAAUUACGUAAAAAAUCCAAAAGACUGGGUACCAAAUAAAUAUGCUCACUCCGACAGUAGUGCUGCCUCUAUGUUUCAUGCUCAAUCCCUAUAGGUUAUGAUUAAAAAUAUUAGUACAGUAAUGUAAUUGUUUUGGUUAUUACGUAGCAUUGAUGACAGCUGUUGAAGUGUUUUGUGAAUGUGCAGUACUUUUUUAUUGACAUAAUUAUAUUUUAUUACUAUGACUUCGUUAAAAAGAAAUGUUAAAUAUAUUUAUCAAUUGCCAGCAUUAGAAAGAUUUGAAAUCUGUAAAAUAUUAGAUCGAGAUGAUGAAUGGGAAGAACUUGCAGGUAAAUGGAUGCAAUAUGAUGUGUCCAUUAUUAGCAGUUUACAAAAACAAAAAAGUCCUACGAAUGAGUUAUUAAAAGAUUGGGGCCUUAAAAAUCAUACUAUUUUGGAACUAUUUAUUUUAUUAUUAAAAAUGAAACAAUAUAAAGCAAUGACUUUUUUAAAGCCAUUUGUUGAUACAAAAUUUCAUUGCUUAUUAAAUAAUGAUAAUGAUAAUCAUUCAAAUAUACCUAAUAAUCAACAAGUGACUGAAGAUGUCAAGGAUUUAAAGAUCGGUAUACAAAAUUUUAAUCAAAAGAUUUCUCCAAGGCCAAAUGCUAGAAAAAUAAUUGUUGAUGAAAAUACCGAACAAGCAUCUCAUAAAAUAAUAAAUCAAUCUUUGGAUAAUUUACAAUCUGUAGAUGUAUCGAGUAACACAAAUAAUUUACUUGUGCCUUCUUUAGCAAAUCGUUUAUUAUCUUUAAAACUAAAUAAAAGUAAUUCCAAAAAAUCUCAAUUGUCUAUAUUGAGGCCUGAAGCAACUUUACCACGUGUACCAUAUAGUGAACUUGAAACUGCUACAAAUGGUUGGUUAAAACAUAAUAUAUUAGGUAAAGGUGGUUUUGGAGUAGUUUAUAGAGGUACAUGGAAAAACACAAAUGUAGCUAUUAAAAGGCUCGAAUACAAAAAGUCCAGCUCUGAUGAAAGCUAUUUGAUUCAACUGAAGCAAUCACUUAAAGAAAUAGAAAUAUUGAAUUCUUAUCCACAUGAAAAUAUUUUGUUAUUGUAUGCUUAUUGUUUAGACGGUCAAAUACCUUGUCUUGUGUAUCAAUUGAUGGAAAAUGGUUCUUUGGAAGAUAAUUUACUGUUAAAAAAUAAAAGUCGGCCACUUUCUUGGCUGCAACGUCAUGAAAUUGCAAAAGGUACUGCACGUGGAUUACAAUAUUUGCAUACUAUUGGAGAAAAACCUUUAAUUCACGGUGAUAUCAAGAGUGCAAAUAUUUUACUAAAUAAAAAUUAUGAACCUAAAAUUGGUGAUUUUGGUUUGGCGAAAGAGGGUGACAAAAAUUCUAUAAUGGUGAGUAGAAUUCAUGGUACGAGACCAUACUUGCCAGAUGAUUUUAUAUAUGGAAAACAAUUAUCUACAAAAAUAGAUACCUAUAGUUACGGAAUUGUAUUAUUUGAAUUAGCUACUGGACUUCAAGCUUAUGAUAAUAGUAGACCAAAAAAUAAAUUUUUAAAAGAAUUUAUAGAUCAUUUUGAAGAUCAACAUCUUCAUUUAUUAAUUGAUAACAAAGCUGGAGAAGAAGAUAAACAAGUGUAUAGCAAUUUUAUAGUAUUGGGAAAAUGGUGUUCCAAUCGUCUUGCUAAAGAUAGGCCUGAAAUGGAAUUAGUGUUUCGUAAACUAGAUGAUUUAUGAUAUUGUUACAGACUUCCAUUGCUGAUAAUAAGGUGCAAUUGAUAUUACACUUGUUUAUACUAGUAUGUAUGUAUUAUACUUAUGYAUUAAGUAUAUAUUUUAUAAUUAUUGGUGUAGCAAUGAAUUCAAUGCCUUAAUAUUAAAUUCAUUGCAUCAAAAUCGCAAUUAUUUUUGUCAAGGAAUUGAGUAAUUGUCUAAAAGAUGAAUCAAAAUUAUCGAGAAUAAUGAAGAUUAUUUUAAAGAACUACUUUAUAAAUAAUUAUUACAUUUAUUAUAUAAAGACAUGGAAUUAAUUCCUACACCUAAUGUUAAGCGUAAGUUAUAUGAUCUAAAUAAUGCAAAUAGAAUGUGAUAAUAUAUGUAUAAUUUUUAUACAUAAAACAAAAUCAAAUUAUAUUUUAUAUUAUUAAAAUCAAUAUUUAAUAUUAUAUAUAAAAUCUAUAAGAUAUUUAAUAUAUAAAAUAUUACAAUCAAUUCGUACAAAUUUCUUACACAAUAGUAUAAUAUAUAUUAAACAUAUAAUUUAUUAAGGGAAGAGGAUAGAAGAGGUGAAGGAGUUUAAGUAUUUGGGCUAUGUAUUCAGGAAGAAUGGAGGACAGGAAACGCACUUGAGGGAUAGGGUAAAGAAAGCAGGGGUAGUAAUGAGGCAGGUAUGGGAAUUAGGGAGAAGAAUGUUCAGCGAGGACUGGGGGAGGAAUAUGUGGCUCUUCGACACGCUGGUGUGGACGGUGUUAGGUUACGGAGCGAAGAUAUGGGGGUGGGAGGAGAGGAAAGAGAUCGAGGGAGCACAGGAAAGGUACUUGAGGUGGACACUGGGAGUAGAUUGGAGGACACCAGGGUACAUGGUAAGAGAAGAAGGAAACAGAGAUAAACUGGGAACAAGAGCAGCAAACAGAGCGUGGAAGUAUGAGGAGAAGUUAAGGAGAGGAGAAGGAAGUGAGUUGGCGAGAGAAUGCUGGAAGGAGGCGCGGGAGAGAGAAAAGGGGGGAGAAGUGGAGAUUCCAAAAUGRGAAGAAGGGAGGAAAAGGUUUAGAGAGAGGAUAGUGUAGGACAGGGAGGAGGUUGUUGAGAGUUGGGAAGAGAUUGAGAAGGAGGAAUGAAGGCGGCAGGAGGAAGAAAGGUGGGAGAAAAUACAAAGCUCCCAGAUAUAAUAAAUGGUACAACCUAGUGGUAGCGGAAGGGUUAC